AUGGCGGAUAAAGUGAUUCUUUUAGAUUUCUGGCCGAGUCCAUUCGGUAUUCGAGCGAGGAUCGCGCUAAGAGAGAAAGGAGUUGAGUUUGAGUACAGAGAAGAGAAUCUAAGGAACAAGAGCCCUUUGCUCCUAGAAAUGAAUCCGGUUCACAAGACAAUUCCGGUUCUUAUCCAUAACGGUAAACCGGUUUGCGAAUCCAUGAACGUAGUUCAGUACAUCGACGAGGUCUGGUCCGACAACAACCCCAUUCUCCCUUCUGAUCCUUACCAGAGAGCUCAAGCAAGAUUCUGGAUCGAUUUCAUCGAUACGAAGUUGUACGAGCCAGCGAAUAAGAUUUGGUCAACGAAAGGCGAGGAACAAGAAAUAGCCAAGAAAGAUUAUAUUGAAGCACUCAAGAUUCUUGAAGCUGAACUUGGAGACAAACCUUACUUUGGUGGUGAUAACUUCGGAUUCGUAGACAUUGCCAUGACUGGUUAUUACAUCUGGUUCGAAGCAUCUGAGAAGUUAGGUAACUUCAGUAUCGAACCAGAAGUUCCGACACUGAUGGCUUCGGCUAGGAGGUGUUUUCAGAGAGAAAGUGUGGUUAAGUCUCGCUUUGACCCCGAUGAAAUCGUUGCGUUCGGCUUUAAGAUUAGGAAGAUACAUUGUGUCUGA